GAAAGGAAGAGUGUUCCGUUCCGUUCCGUCCGAUAAAGCAUCCAUCCAAGGAAAGGAAAGGAAAGGAAGUCUCUCCCACGGCGCCGAGUCAAACCUCCCCAAUUCCCAUUCCAUUCCCCCAAAUUUUUCCCCACCGGCGACGCCCUCCCCGAAUCCGAUCCGCCGUUGACGUUGACGCCAGCCAUGGCCGCCCGCCGCGUGCUGCUCCUCCUCGCCGCCGCCGCGGUGGCCCUCCUCGCGGCGCCCCAGGCGGCGACCGCCCGCCCCUGCGGCCGCGCGCAGACGCUGCUCAUCUCCUUCUCCUCCUUCUCCCGCCCCAACCCGGACCCGGCCGACCCGUCGCCCCUCACCACCACCGUCGUCACCGUCCUCCGCGUCCGCCGCCUCGGCCCGCACCGCUUCCACCCCCACCACGACCACCUCCAGAUCCGCCGCCCCGCCGAGCCCCUCCACGCCGCCGUGGCCGUCGGCACCCCAGAGACCGACGCCGAAGCCGCCUCCUCCUCCUUCCAGGAGCGCGCCAAGGACAUCCUCGUCGUCGUCUCGGGCCUGCUCUUCGGGUUCGGCUGCGGCGCCCUCACCGCCGCAUCCAUGUACCUCGUCUGGUCCCUCGUCGCCUCCACCGGCGCCGCCGGCCCCUACGAGGAGCUCUACAGCGACGACGAGGACGAGGACGACGUCUCCGACGACGGCGCCGAGAGCCCCAAGAAGGCCGGCUACGUCAUCAUCCACGGAGCCGAGGACGUCGUCGCCGCCGGUAAGAACUAGGAUCGGGCCUUGCCGCCAUGGCCGGCAAGCCGAGGAUUCGGGUUGCAUAACUACAUGGAAUUGUCGGGGUACUGCUAUUACUAUUUUCGCACCUAUGAUACGCGUCGCGCCUGUCUACCGUUCUCUAUGUGUAUGGUUGGGGAGAAGAAAUCGUGAAUGUGCUUUACCCUAUCUGUUCUUACAUAUGGUCAAUUUCAUGCCCAAACAUGAUUAUGUAUCCAUCCUUAAGCAUGGUACCUGUUGGUUUAUGCUGCUUAGUAAAAUUGCGACAUGUAA